AUGGCUUCACUCCCUCUAUGCGUCUUUCCAACUCGCGGUCUUCAGUCGUCCUUUGCAAAGACCUCUAGACAACUGCAAUGCAUUCGUACUCAGCGUCUGAGCAUGCCAGGCGGCGGCAACAUCAAGCGGCAGGCGAAACAACCACCCUGGCGUAUGCCUUCCACGCUCUCCCAGACUCGACACCAUGCUACGCAAUUACGAAAAGACCCGCCAGUUGCAAAUGAAAUAACGCGUCCGAGUCUUGCAGAAGCUCGUUCGCGUGCGCAAGCAGCCUACCAGCCUCCGACAACCGGCCUCAUAUCAUACCUCCCAUCCCGAAUACUACCAUACGCCGAGCUCAUCCGUCUGGACAAACCGACAGGAACCUACUACCUCUACUUCCCCUGCCUCUUCAGCACUCUACUUGCUGCUCCUCUCACAAACCCUGUGACAUCACCCUUGACAGUCCUGACCACCAGCGCCCUCUUCUUCGCCGGAGCGCUUGUCAUGCGCGGCGCGGGCUGCACAGUCAACGAUCUCUGGGACCGCAAUCUGGACCCGUAUGUCGCGCGCACCCGCUUACGCCCAAUCGCUAGAGGAGCUAUCACAGUCGAGCAAGCAGUGCCAUUCCUCGGUUUCCAGCUGCUCACCGGUCUUGCGAUCCUGCUGCAGUUUCCGACGCAAUGCCUCUUCUACGGCAUACCAUCACUAAUCCUCGUGGCAACCUACCCUCUGGCCAAACGAGUGACGAACUAUCCACAGUUCGUACUGGGACUAACGUUCUCAUGGGGCGCUAUCAUGGGAUUCCCUGCCCUUGGCAUUGAUCUCCUUUCCAACACCUCAUCCCUCAUCUCGGCAGCUUGUCUUUACGGCUCCUGUAUAGCCUGGACGGUGGUCUACGACAUGAUCUACGCCUACCAGGACAUCCAAGAUGACGUCGCCGCCGGUAUCAAAAGCAUAGCGCUGGCGCAGGAGAAGAACGCAAAAGCCUUCCUGAGUGCAGUAGCAUGCGUGCAAGUCGCGGCGUUGGGAGCAGCGGGUUUUGCUGUGGGUGCAGGUCCGGUGUUCUAUCUCGGCGCUUGCGGGGGUGCUGCUGCGACUGUGGGCUGGAUGGUUGCUAAGGUCAACCUGAAGAGCGUCCCGGACUGCUGGAGGUGGUUCAAGAAGGGCAUCGGCGCAGCAACCUCCCACAACCUCGCCUCCAAAGGCUGCUCCCUCGUCCUAAACUACACCUCCGACAGCUCAGCCCAACUCACCUGCGACCUCGCCACCACCCUCUCCCGCACCCACGGCGUGAAAUGCAUCACCGUGCAAGCCGACAUGGGCACCGAAACCGGCCCCGCCCACAUCAUCACCACCACUCGCAACAACUUCGCCCACCCUAAGUCGGGCAAGCUCCAACUCGACAUCAUCGUCAACAACGCCGGCGUCGCGGGCAAAACUGCCAUCGAAGACUGCACCGCUGAGGAAUUCGCACGUCUCUACAACGUCAACGUCCGCGGCCCGCUGUUCCUCGUCAAAGCCACGCUGCCCUACCUCCCUACCGACCGGAGCGGCCGUAUCGUCAAUCUCAGCAGCGUAAGCGCCUCCCUCGGCUUCCACGAAGACGGGAUGUACGGGGGUACCAAAGCCGCUUUGGAAGCGAUGACGCGGACGUGGGCGCGGGAGUUGAGCGAGCGCUGCACGGUGAACGCUGUCAACCCGGGGCCGGUGGCGACGGACAUGUAUGCUGCCGCGCCGAAGGAGUUCCAGGCGGGGAUGGCGGGAUGGACGCGGAAUACGCCGUUGGCGGCGAUUAGGAAGGGGGUUGAUCGCGAGGAUUUGGUGGAGAAUGCUGAGUUGGCUGGGGGGAGGCCGGCCUACGAUGCUGAUGUAGCGGGAGUGGUAGCGAUGCUGUGUACGCCGGAUAGUGCCUGGUGCACGGGAUCGGUCAUCUGUGCCAAUGGUGGUAUGAAGUUCUCUGUGUGA